AAAUGCAGUACCAAGACCUGAGAAGGUUCUCAUCUGAAAGUCUUCAAGGCAAUCAAGAUGUCACUAACGACUCGCACAUUGAAUGCUAUACCAUCCGAUGUCAUUACCCUAAAAGUAUAGGAUUAAGUCGAGCCUGAGAAAAUUUUGAAGCGCAAGAAUGCCUUGAUCACAGUUCACUCAACUUCAUCUUUGGCCUGAUCAUUCUAUAGGAAUUCUGCCAUCUUUGGUUCUAACUCCAUCUCCGCACAUGUAUUGAUUCACCUUCCAGUUUUACGAAGAUUCCUCGCUCAUAAAGUCGCUGCGACGCAUUCGAUAAGUGGUUUAUUUCGUCUUUUGAUAUAUCUGCCCUUAUGUCGUAUCAGCACCUCUAACAUAAACCUCCCACAACUCAGUCUCAGAUAACCAUCCACCUCACAAACCAGUGACAAGCCCAUUCAUUCUCAACAUGGAUCCUCCUGGUUUAGCAGACGGACCAUGCAUAGGUUGCAGCACCAUAACGGACCGUCUUGUCGCCUCAGAUCGAGUCUUCCACAAUCUCCACAAUGAAAGAAUGCGCAACAAAGACCACAAACUUCGGGAAAGCGAAAAGAAGGUCCGCGAUCUAGAAGCUCAAGUUGAAACUAUGAAACAAGAAGCCAUUCUCAUGAAGCCAUUCCUCAAAAUAGGCAUGCAGUUGCGAACUCAUAAAGUUUCGACGGAGAAGUCCAAGAUGGGCUCAACGACAAAUAUAAAAUUCGCAGGAUCAGGGGAGGAAUUACUCAACGUUGGUAACGCCAUGGCAGACGCACUUUUGUAUCAAGAUAUCGCUGGGGAGUAUAAGCGGACAGAUGUCGAGGUUUAUAAACGUAUGUACGCUGGUUUUCACCCUGAUUUCAUCCUGGCCAGCAAGGACUGCACUCGCUUUCUAAAUAUACUCAGCUGGCGUCGUACUAUGGCUUUCUUCUACGAGCAGCCGUAUUACGAGAAGGAGAAGUUUCAGUACACAUUUUUCGCACGUCAGAGCUUGAAAAUGAAGGUGAAGCAGAGAAGGUGGUCCGGAGAGGAGUUUGAGACAUACUUCAGAACUGAUGAGGAAGGAGAAAUCGCAUAUCAAGAUAUGAAGGAUGAAUAUGAGGCCGAGUUGGAAAAAUAUCGUGAUUUCAUCAGGAGAGAUCACAAGAAGAACCUUUGUGGAUUCGUCGCGAAGCUUUGGUCCAAAUGAGGCAAUCUGAUGAAAAUCAUGGGGUAAAAACAUGGAGUUAGAGACGGGGGUUUGAGGGAGGAUUUUGGUCAAGUCCUUGGGUAAUGAGUAGAUUGGAGUUGGUGUUUGGGAGAUUGUUUGAUAACACUCAACCCAAUAUGGAUCUCUUCUCGCCUUUUUGUCAUGUGUCAGGUCAAAUGACUGACAAAAACAACUCUAGAUCUGACAUUGUGGUGGCCAUAUCUCUGAUCAAUUGGAUCCAUCAUCUUGGACAGAAGCUAAUACAAAAUGCAUCAUUUACCACCUUUAGUAAUGACUUGGCCUUUCCGAAUGCCAUUCUUAGCGUAUUCUAGCUCAUGAAAUAGCAGCUAGACAUGGUGAUUUGGAAAACUUGUAAGUUCCUUGUCAAAAACAGAGCCUCGAUGCGUGCCGUGUUAUUGGUAUCUGUUCUGACUGUUCGAGAUUAUUUUCCAUUCUUCAAUUGAUGCAUGUAUGCAUGCCAAACUGCCAAUUUUAUCCUAACAAGCCUCACGAGUCACGAUGUAUUGAGAGCUUCACGACUCCAUAAUUUCGCCGACAUAAAUCUUAAAUAUCUCCAGCCAAGAAGUAACAAGAGAAUAGGUGAAUCUCUUGGCCCGGGGUUAUGAAGGCCAAGGAAAUCUUCGGUAGCGAGUCUUUUGACUGGCAUCGGUGUUGCCGUGGGGGCGUAGAAGAAAAGAAGCCACGAAUAUCGGUAGGGACAGAACCGAAAGGACGAAGCCGAUUAGUUUACACUUAUUGAGAUCCGAUUGAAGUGAAAUG